AUGUCCAGCAAAACACUUGCUCACCCACGUUCAAAGGCAGUAUUAAUUCCUCGCCAGCCACUACCAAAAGUAGCUAAUAUUGAUAUACUUUCAAAGACAACACCAUUUGUUCAGCAACCAGCAAAACUAAAAAGUCCGACACGGUUAUCACCUCCUUUACGCACACUCUCCACACCAAAAGAAGCAUUCGUUGCCAAGGAUAAUCUUUCAGAAACGGAUUCAUUUUGGGCACGAUGUUAUAGAAAAUGUGGACUCUCUUGGUGUGCACCAGGGUGUUUGGCUAUUUCAGCGCUGAUCUUGACCGCUGCUAUUGGCGUCACCAUUUUUCUUGCACUACGAUACACUAUUAUGGCAAAAACAGGCACAACAACGACAACUCCCAACCCAACCACCGUUUAUGUACCAAAUGCGAUCUUAAACAAUACAUGUACAUCAACAAUCAGUGGUUCACCUACUGUUCUAGUGUAUUUCACAAAUUUAACGUCAUUUUCUUAUACAUAUUAUCAAUAUACAUAUGUUGCAGCAUCGACUACAACAACUAUGAUGUUAGCUAUGCGGCAAGAUCCUAGUUAUUGGUGUCUCGAUGAUAUUUCUGUAACCUACAAUGGGGUACAAAUGUGGCAAAAUGGUGGUUUUGAAUUGAGUUCAUUUACUUCGUAUUAUUCUUAUUGUAAUCCAAGCGGAGCGUCUUCUAGCGGCACUAUUUCAUCAUUAUGCCCUAAUUCAGGAAAUUAUAGUUUUAGAGAUGGUUCAGUAGCAUACUCAGAUUAUAUUAGUCAAUCAUUUUCGACUGUGGUCGGUGGAACAUAUAAUAUCAGUUUUUGGUUGUCCAACUUGGGUGCUCCGACAAAUAGCUUCAUCAUCAUUAUUGGUUAA